AGGGUAGAAAAUGUUGCGAAUUUUACGGUAUGUCGUUUGGAGGCCGCCUUGAGGGUGUGGUGAAAUUCACUGUGCCAUCCCACCCAGCUUUGUAGACGGCGCCUGAAGCGUUACCUCCUUCUUAUCUUCACCCCACUGGUUAGCUUCUAGCUGCCGCCAUGUUAGGAGAGAAAUGUGUUCUUCUCCUACUGGCCGGCAUAGGCAUCACAACUGCUGUUACCGCACCUGAAUUUGUCAACAUAGGUGACCUGAACAACAUGCUAGUUUCUGAGAACACACCAGUUGGUCAGUCUAUUUUCCAGAUCCGUGCAUUAGAUCCUGACGGAAAUGCCCUGGACUUCCUCAUCAGCGGUGACGCUUUCCGUAUCGACCCUGCCGGAGUCAACGCACAGGGGGAGACACUGGGCGACCUGGUGGUAGCGAAGAUUCUGGACCGCGAGACAAACCCGGUAGUCAGAUUCGACGUGACGAUAACGGAUGGUCUCGGCGGACACCAGAUCACGCAUUCUGAUCUUCUCAUCAAUGUCAUUGACUACAACGACAACUCCCCUCAAUUCCAAGGCACGCCAUACGAAGCUACUCUGUCGGAGUCUGCAGCGAUUGGUACCGAGAUCAUCACCGUGAGAGCGACAGACAUAGACAGCGGGCAGAAUGGCGCUGUGAACUACCAACUCACUUCGCACACCGACUCGUUUGAGAUUGGCCAGGUAGACGGUAUCUUGAGGCUGAGGGACAGGACAGCCAUCGAGUCUGAAGCGCAGACCGCGUACGCAGUCACCGUCAGGGCUGUGGAUGGCGGAACUCAGCCCCUCGCGACUUCUGUGGACGUAUUUGUGCAAAUCACAGACGAACAGAACAGGAGUCCAAUCUGGCUCAAUGAGCCCUACGAGGUGUCAAUCACAGAGGGAACACCAGAAAGUCUACAGGGUGCCAUUGUUUUCACCGUUCAAGCCGUCGAUGGAGACCGAUCGAGGACAAACGGAAUUCGUUACGAACUUGCAAAUGGAGAUCCUUUCGACUAUUUCGACAUCCAGUCGGACACGGGGAGGAUAACGCUUAGGAAAAAUCUGGACAGAGAAGCUGAAAACAUCUUCCGAGUGGAGUCCCCUGGGCUAUUCCUUCUAAGAAUCCGAGCCAUCGAAGUAAGAGCUGACCGCACGGACACCAACCCGCUGCAAUUCUCGGAAGUAAACGUUGCGGUCCUCGUCAUCGACGCGAACGACAACCUUCCGAGGUUCUACGAUCAAACCUACGACAACGAAGUCACCGAGAGAAGCGUGGAGAUCACCGAGCACCCAGAGGUGUACACCCCAUUGCCUCGUCUGAGGCUGACUGUAUCGGACAGGGACGCGACACCAAACAACCUUUUCAACCUGACGCUAUUGGAUGAUCCAAACACUAUAUUCGAUAUCGAGCCAAAGAACGUUGUCGGAGGACAAGCCAUUGUCAACAUUCUGGUCAUGGACCCGUCUAUGGUGGAUUUCGAAACAACGGCACCGAGUCAUCAAAUCCCCAUAAGGGUUCAAGCAACGGAGCAUCUUACCAAUGGAGGAUCCCCGAGACGUUCCGCUGUGACCGUCAGGGUUAACAUCAGGGACGCCCCGGAAACCGAGGGUCGUGUUUUUAACCUUGACGUGACAGAAAACGCGCCCGUUGGGACCAACGUGGGGACAGCCAAGAGGCCAAGCGAGAGCGGCAUAUUUUACUGUCUUGUUGGAGGCAAUACCAACGGGACCUUUGCCAUAGACAAAACAACCGGAGUGGUGACAGUGGCCCGCCUCCCGCUGGACCGGGAACUCCAGGCAGUGUAUGACCUGGUUAUCCAGAAGCUAUCGUCGAACACGGCCUGCCCUACCGGACCUACAGCAUACGACCCAAAUGACAACACCCUGAGCAAGGCACUCAUUACCAUAACUGACCAGAAUGACAACUCUCCCCGAUUCACAACCAAAGUCUAUUACGCAGGUGUGCCAGCAUCCUCAAACUUCAACACACCUGUCGCGCGCGUUCAGGCCACGGACCUAGAUGAUGGGACCAACAGCGUCAUCACCUACACCAUCACCUCUGUGCUCUUCACAGCAAACAGGGAUGAUAUAACCGGUUCUCUCAGUUCACAGGUGGAUGACGCCUUCCAAAUUGACUCGCAGACCGGCCAAAUCCUGACCAACAGGCUCUAUGACGACUACCAGAACGGUUACUUCACCGUCAAUGUCAGGGCAGAGGACGGGGGAGGAAGGUUUGACGAUACCGAAGUCAGGAUACAUACCAUCCCGCAACGCUUUGGGCUAAGUACUGUGCUGGAUGCACCCCCUGAGAGCGUGAGGCCGAAUAUACAAGAGUGUUUACAGCGACUUGAAGACCAAACAGGUUAUAGAGUUAUUUACGAGGGACUGCAGUACAAUACAGACAGCCAAGGAAACAUCAACAGGCAGCAGUCUCAAGUACUCUACUACCUCAUUGACAAGAACACUGACUUGGUUCUCACUGAUACUGAGGGACUAAGAGUUAUCGAAGGUGUGGACAGGGAUAGGCUGCUGGCGGACUGUCAGAUUGUCGGCGCUAGGUCUGCCCAAGUGAAGAGUGACUACGCCGGCUUCAGUAACUGGGAGGCGUUCCUGAUCGCUCUGGCCGCUCUGCUGCUGCUGGGACUCCUACUGCUGCUGUGUCUCCUCUGUUACUGCAGAUACUGGUACAAGAAGAAGAUGCAAAGCAAGUUGUUAGUGGAGCCGAUCCCUGAGCCUGCACCUGAGAUCAACAUGAACCCAGUCUUCACAGACAAAGAAGAGGAGACUCAGCUCGCUAUCAUGGACUUCGGCAGUGACUUCAAGACUAGACCCGACGUGUACGAGCCUCAGGUGGCCCCCAUCCCCAUCAAACGUCCUCUCCCGGCAUUGGACUAUGGUGAAUACGUCACCACACAGGAGACCCGCCGGGACGACGGCUAUUUCAACCCUGCCUUCACCACUACUGAGACUCAGACCAAGCGCGCGCCGUCCCCGGAGGAGCCCUCCCACACCACCGUGUUCACCACUGACGCUCGCGGCACGUCGGGCUAUACCACCGGCGCGGAUGAUGGGGAGGUCGUGUCCACCACGGUCUUCACGAGCCAGCCUAACCCUGACGACCAUCGCCUGAUCUCGCCCGUGUACGACAGGACGUACUACGAGCACGAGGACCAGGGAAACAGCAGGCUCUGAACGGGGAGAAAUGAAUAUCAUAACAACGGGGAAGGCCAACUUAGAAUGCGAUCUUCUAACGCUUUUCUUUCCUUAUUAUGUAUUUCUCUUUUCAUUACGACGGAACGUGCUUAAAGACAUUAUAUGAUACUUCAUUUCACUCUACGUGCCUGUAAUUAUAAUCAAUUGUGUGCAUGCAAAUGUAGUUACGACGGUGAAUACACUUUCGAGUUAGACGUUUAUAAACGUUUUGUAUUCUUUAUCAUAAAAAUGUAUAUAUUAGGUCAAUUUCUUGAUGAUAAACCAACCGGUACAGUCAACGUUGGCUAAAGUAAGCAUGGAUCGCAAUGUAAGCGAUUUAUGACAAUUGACCAGCAAAAUAAAUUGCAUCAUGAAGGUGGACAUCAUUGAUUCCGUUUUUGAAAUGAAUAACUUGUAGACUACUAUAAUACAGUAUGGUAGCAAAUUACAUGUAUAGUAGCGCAUCAUUAGUUUACAGAAAUUAUAUAUGUAUUGAUUAGACACAAUGCAAUGAUCGCAAUAUUUGUUCUUGUGUUACAUUUUUACAAGAGAUAAGUACAAUACUUUGCUGCUGUUAUCUACUCACGUUUGCUUGUUGAUGCACUGUUUAUUGCUAAACGCAUGGAACCGAUAAAUAAAACCAUUG